AUGACCCCCGGAGUCAACACCCCAUCUCCCCGAUCACAUAUUGUUCACAAAUACAACACGCCAUGUACAAAAGACCCCAUGCUGAGCAGUAAGCCCUACCAGUGCCAACGGUGCCCAAGGGCAUUUGCUCGUCUGGAGCAUCUCCAACGUCACGAUCGGUCACACACCAAAGAAAAACCAUUCGUCUGCGUCCAAUGCCCCAAGGCAUUCACCCGCAAGUAUGUGAUCUCCCUCAUUUUGUCUGGUCCACUGCUGACCUACAGGGAUCUGCUGGCCCGUCAUGAGCGUCUUUCCCAUAACCCGGACGCAAGCCCGGCCAGCAAUCAAACACCAACACCCUCCCCCGCCCAUCCCAUCUUGGAUGGGCUGGAUACCUUGGCAUCCGUAGUCACAGGCCAUGCCCAAUCUAACAGGUCCUUGCAGUCCAAUGAGCACUUCCCGGCAUUAUCGCCCGUGCACCAGACCCCGAUGCUAGGAGCUCAAUUGACCAGCACAGACACACCCUCUGCAGGCCCCACCACUCCAAUCCCAGGCUCUGAUUUCGGUUAUACACUGGGUGGUUAUGCGCCUGGCUCCUACGAGGGAAAUGAUUUCACUUCUUUUUUGGACAGUGUGCCCCUGCCGAGCCAUCCGUUCUCUCCAGCUUACCAACCAUUGCCUCUAUUUCCACCACUGCAUUUCUCCCCGGUUCAUGAUUAUGAUCAAACCUCUGAUAGGGCGACUCUGAGUGAGACUACACCUUCCACUCCGUCAAGCUCAGUACUUCCCAGACAUGGCGCUCAAUUGCCCUCCCUUCAGCCAGAAGGGUAUCAAACUUCUGGCAAGGCGCGCCAGCCUACCGGAUUUGUGCCCGUGACGGCGCAAUGUCGGGAGAAGCUCUUCGUCAUGCUAUCGGAGUAUGCCAAUGUCGUCCCGAAUCCGUCCCUUCCAUCUCGACAUGCGCUCUCUCGAUGCUUGACCGGUUAUCUAACCGGUUUCCAUGACCACUAUCCGAUCGUCCACAUCCCAACUCUGGAUGUAGAGUCAAUGUCUCUGCCAUUGUUCCUCUCAAUGGCCGCACUAGGUGCACGCUACUGCCGGGAACCGGAAACCAGCUACAAUCUCUAUCAGAUUGCCAAACCGGUGACGCUGGAACACGUCCGUCGGGUCUUUCUCUCUGGCGUAUUACCGCCUGUCGAUAUGGUCCAUGACACUGAUACCCUCGAAACAUUGCAAGCUUUGCUGUAUUUGACUUCAGUAUCCGCUUGGUUCAUCAACAAUCCUCCGUACCAUGAGGCGCUGUCAAUUCGCAGUCACAUGGAAACAAUAUUGCGGAAAGGAGGACUUAAUACACUACCGGAAUGUGAUGGCACCUGGGCCAGCUGGAUCCGACGGGAAUGCGUCAAGCGCACUAAACUAAUUGUGUUUUGUUUCUUCAACAUUCACACCAUCGUCUUUGAUGUCCCGCCCGUAAUUCUGACAGAAGACUUUACACUAGAAUUGCCCUGCACGGAAAAGGAAUGGCAAGCCGCUCGGGCAGACCUCUGGCAAGUUGAGCGCAUGAAGAGCCCCGGCGAGCCAGAGUUCCAGGACGCCCUCUCUUCACUCUUCGAACCAAACAGCAACGUCCAGCGAUUUUCAUCACUAGGCGGCUAUGUGCUGAUCCACGCCAUUCUCCAAGAUAUCUGGCUCAUGACUAAAGCAGGCCGGCUGCCAGUCUCCCGACGCAAUCGAUUCAGUCCUUCCUCAAUCACAUCCACCCCGGAGCUUGUCUCAGUCGAACAGGCACUAGAGCGUUGGUGUCAGUGUUGGGAACGCAAUCAAGAAUCUUCAGUCGAUCCACUCAGCCCCCACGGACCACUUUCCUUCACAUCCGCAGCUCUACUCCGUCUAGCAUACAUCCGACUCAACGCAGACUGCGGCUCAACCCGCCAAUUACAAACAUGGGACCCGGUCCAAAUCGCAACAAGUCUCCGUGAAAACCUAUCUGUUCGACGCGGAGACCGCCUCACCCGCGCAGCUCUUCACUGCGCACAUGCUCUCAGCACGCCCGUGAAACUCGGCAUCGGAUUCGUGGCUCACUCACAGGUCGCACUGUGGUCCAACCAGCAUGCGCUAUGUUCACUCGAAUGCGCAGUUCUACUAGCCAAGUGGCUUGAGGCAGUUACAGUGCCGCAUCCUGAUCCGCAGUUAUCAGAGCAGGAGAGUCGGCUGCGAGACUUUGUGCUCGAGAUGGUAAUGGAGGUGCAGCAUGGUGUUUCACGGGAAUGGCUCCUGGCAACAAAUACCCGCCUCAGUGCCGCAGUUACCCGGCUGUGGGCGCGGCUUUUCACAGCGGAUUAUAUUUGGGAAAUGGUCGCUUUAAUUGGGAGGUCUUUGAAUAGUUAUGCAGACUUAUUAGAGCAAUAA